AUGGCGUCUAGGAACAGGGCUCAUGCACUAGUAAACAAAAUUUGUAGCUCAAGUGAAGCACAUAAUCUUGCACCCGCAACCUCAACUCCGAUUCCGAAACAAUUUCCGGAACAGAUUGAUCUUGCCACAUUUACAGACCUACAUUAUUAUGAAAGGAGCGAACCUCCGGGAGAAGAAAGAUUGAUCUUGGGGCCAUUUAAUACUGAUAACAACGCAGAUCUCGUUCAAUUAAAAGACUUGAUAGCGACAGAUUCACUGCCUUUGUUAGUAUGUGCAACACCAGCAUCAUCACCAACUUCGCCACCAACACCUAGACUAGAUUCUACUUCAUUUCGUGAUGACUUUUCGCCAGAUGACAGUGAUUACGAACCACCCAACCACGAUGCAAUAAGCUCUGAUUCCGAAAAUAUCCAACCAAAUAUUCAAAUUACGGACACUAUCCAGGAGGUAGUUCACUAUGGCGAUAUGACAGAAGGCCGGCGUCGACUAAAAGAAGCUCAACCAGAAAGAUGGAAAAAAAAUGUUACCAAGCGACUGCGAAUGGAGGGUAAAGAGUAUGUAGGGUACAAACGGCCAAGGGGUGAAAAAGUUCGACCCCAAUUUCGAAACUCAAGGGUCAUUGGACCUAGGUGUGUUUCGAAUUUCUGCAGAAAGAGUAAGAUCAGAUGUUGUGAUGAAGUAGGUGAUGACGAUAGGGAUAAGAUAUUUCAACAAUUCUGGAAUGACAUGGAUUGGCAUCAACGAAAAGUAUACGUAGCUAACAACGUAACUUUUCAGGGAAAAGGCAGACUAACAGUAUCUGAAAGUUCGAGAAGAUCAGGUACUUUAAUUUAUUUUCUUCCUGUUAGCAAUCCCAAUGAUGGCACCACAACUAAGAAGCGAGUAUGUCGUGAAAUGUUUCUUCAGACUCUUUGUCUCGGAUCAUUUUCAGUACAGAGUUGGGCCAAAAAAGGGCAAUGUGGCAUGCAUCCAUCAGAAGAAAAUAUGAAUCGUAACCGCCGUCCCAGAGCAUUACCUUGUCAGGGACGUGCGGAUGCCCUAAAUAGCUUUUUGGAUGGGUUGCCUAAAAUGCCGUCGCAUUACAAUCGUCUUAAAACCAGCAAAGUCUACCUAGAGCCCAUUUAUCGGAAUGUCAAUCACUUAUACAGUACAUACAAACAAUUUUGCUCAGAAAAGGAGGUUAAUCCCUAUGCUAGAAAUAAAUUUACACAGACACUUAAAUCUAAGAAUAUAGCUAUCCAUACAAUAAAGAAGGACAUGUGUGAUACCUGUGUGGGUCAUCAGACUGGUAAUGUGUCUGAGGAUGAUUUCCAAAUACACCUGUGCAAGAAAAAUCGAGCUCGUGAAGAAAAAAAUAAAGACAAAAGUGAAGCAAUUAAUGGUAAAUGCAUAGUUUUGACGAUGGAUUUACAAUCUGUUAAGGUGUGUCCGUUUAUCACCGCCAGCGCUGUUUAUUACAAGACCAAAUUGUGUGUGCACAAUUUUUCCAUUUACGAUUUAGCCUCACAUGAUUGUACUUGUUACUGGUUUACAGAAACGGAAGGUGAUUUAUCAGCAUCUACCUACGCAACAUUCAUUACAGAUUAUUUGACUCGCCAUUGCCUGCCCAAACGUUUACCAAUUAUAAUAUACUCAGAUGGCUGCACAAGCCAAAACAGAAAUAAUAUUUUAUCCAAUGCCCUAUUGAAUUUUUCUAUGCAAUAUGAAGUGUCUAUUGUUCAAAAGUACCUUGAGGUUGGACACACUCAGAUGGAAGGAGACUGUGUGCAUAGUGCCAUAGAAAGAAAAUUGAAAAAUAGAUUAAUCCACCUUCCAAGCGACUUUUUGUCGGUUACUAAAGAAGCCCGUAGAAAUCCCUAUGAAGCCAUUAUGGUUGACUACACAUUUUUUUAA